AUGGUCGGCCAACUUCUUCAAAUAAUAGACUUCAUCAAGGAUGCGGAUAGGGAGCGAAUUCACCCACGCCUCAUCGAAACGGCACUGCUCGAGAUUCAAGAGAAAAUUAGGGGCAAAAAGGUCGUCAUCGUGAGCAUCGCCGGCCUCUUACGAGGCGGCAAAAGCUGCCUGCUCGAACUGCUGCGCCUCGAGCUGACCAACCCGGGGGCGCUGCGGGACGCGAAGACCGUCAUCGGACACAGCGAUGGUAUCCCCUUCAAAAUGGACGAAGCCAGACACACCCAGGGCAUUCUGAUGUGGAAUGAGUUGAUUCCGGUUGAGACAGAUGCGGGGACGUAUCACGUACUGCUCGUCGACUCGCAGGGAACAUUCGACUUUGAGAGCGACACAAAAGUCUCCGCUUUCAUAUCGACGAUCCUUCAUCUCCUCUCCUCGAUAAUGCUGAUCAAUGCCUGCGGCUUCAGCGCGGCCGAUCUGGACCAUCUGACGCAAAUGCAGCUGUUCUCCGAGGCGGUGAAGAGGGAUGCCGGGGAGUGUGAGAAAAGCCAACGACCGGCGAUCUUCUUCACAUUCCGCGAUCGAAAGGUUUCCAAGAAUUCUGUCGAAAAUCUGCAGCCCGGCCGCUACGGCAGCGAUCCAGAUUAUUUCAAGCGGAUGAAGAUGAACCCCGCUAACGAAAAAAAGAUUGAUGAAGUCCGAGAGGCCGCCAGAAACAUGCAGAUUUUUGUCUUCCCGACUCCAGACAAAAAAUUGACGGAUGCUUCAACGGGUGAUGUUAUUACGAUUGGAAGUCCGGUGAAGCCCUCUCCCGGCACCCAACCCAGGACUCAGGAGGGGGCCGAGAAGUCGCAGCCAGUUGAAGAUAGAGUCGUCUCGGAAGACAUGAAAAACUUUAUGGCCGUCGUCGAGGAGCUCACCGAGCAGAUCAAGGCAAAUCUGCAGCCAAGCUAUGUGAUGGGCACCGAACUCAACUACGACAAUUUCAAGGAGAUCAUCCGGACCCUGGUCGAGAGCUGCAAGAUGUCGGGCAUCAACGACCAUAUCCAGGACGACGUCAAGACGAUCAUGGAAAACGCGGAGACUCGUGCCUGCGAGGUCGGCCUAAACGCAUAUCGGGAAAAUUCAAAGUCGGAGCCAGAGAUUACGAUGCGCGCAUUCAAGCAGCGGUGGGACCAGGCCAAAGCGUUGGCCAUGAAAGCCUAUCUUCAAAGCAAGCACUACGGAAACGAGGAAAAACGGGCAGAGAAUUUGAGGAUUUUUGAGCAAAAAUUAGAGCCAGGAAUCCUGGGCGAGGAGAUCGCCGCCGAAGACGCCAAGUUUCGUCAGGCCGUCGCCGAGGAGAUUUACUACGAGGAAGGAACCAAAGCUCCAGCCGAGGUAGAAGACGUCGUCAAGCAGCUGAGGACGGCGAUCGAAGUGCGCUACCGCAUUGGGCAGAAGAACGCCGAUGCCCGUCGCGUCUAUGAAGACGUGCCGGAAAUUGCUCGUACGACUGCAAAGGAGUAUGAAAAGGCGGCGAUUGAAGCUGUCAAAACGUGCAAAACGCUACCGGAGCUGGAAAAGGCCAUUUGGACCGCGGCGAGAAAGGCGCGAAACGACUAUGCGGCAAAGGUUGCUGAAUUGAAGGAAAGCGUACACGAUGAGAAGCUGCGCAGCUACGCCACCGACUACCAACGCGUCUUUUUCACGUGUUUGGAGAAUGCCCACAUGAAGGCGGCCAACGUCUGCGAGCAGGACUUUGUCAGCCAGAACCAGGUGGCCGCGACCGCU